AACUCUCUCUCUUUCUUAUCUCUCUACCCAAAGCUGAAAGCUUCUCUUCUUUCAGCUUUUCUACAACCAGACAAACACUAAAACAAAACCACUUCUUUUAUCAGUCUCUUCACUGUCUACUUGAUUCAAAGAAGAAAACUAAAAAGGGUGAGCUCAUUUCAAGCUUCAAUUUUGUGAUCUACUGGAAGAAAUUUAAAGACCAGGCUGUUUGCUGGUUUUCAUUGAUUUGAUUUCAUGGGGAUUUGCUUGAGUGCUCAAAUUAAAGCCGAGAGUCCAUGCAAUACAGGGCUGAGUUCAAAGUAUGUUAGCACAGAUGGGAAUGAUGUGAGCAGUUCGAGUAGUAAGGUCUCGUCAUAUUCGGUUCCUCUGACUCCUCGGAGUGAAGGUGACAUCUUGCAGUCCCCCAACUUAAAGAGUUUCAGUUUUGGGGAUCUCAAGAUGUCCACCAGGAACUUCCGUCCGGACAGUGUGUUAGGAGAAGGUGGUUUUGGUUCGGUUUUUAAAGGGUGGAUUGAUGAGCAUUCAUUUGCUGCUACCAAACCUGGGACUGGUAUGGUUAUUGCUGUGAAAAGGCUUAACCAAGAAGGUUUCCAAGGUCACAAGGAGUGGCUGGCGGAAGUAAACUAUCUGGGACAGCUUUAUCACCCACAUCUUGUGAAAUUGAUUGGAUAUUGCUUGGAGGAUGAACACAGACUUUUGGUGUACGAGUUCAUGCCUCGAGGCAGCUUGGAGAAUCAUUUGUUUAGGAGGGGUUCUUAUUUUCAACCUCUUUCUUGGGACCUCCGGGUGAAGGUUGCUCUAGGUGCUGCUAAGGGGCUUGCCUUUCUUCACAGUGCUGAAACAAAAGUUAUAUAUCGGGAUUUCAAGACUUCUAACAUCCUGCUUGAUUCUAACUACAAUGCAAAGCUUUCUGAUUUUGGGUUGGCCAAGGAUGGGCCAACAGGUGAUAAGAGCCAUGUCUCUACCAGAGUUAUGGGAACAUAUGGAUAUGCAGCUCCAGAAUACCUGGCAACAGGUCAUCUAACUGCGAAGAGUGACGUCUACAGUUUUGGAGUUGUUCUGCUAGAGAUCAUAUCUGGCCGCAGAGCAGUUGACAAGAAUAGACCAUCUGGGGAGCACAAUCUAGUGGAAUGGGCUAAACCUUACCUAGCCAAUAAGCGUAAAAUUUUUCGGGUCAUUGAUAAUCGACUUGAAGGCCAGUAUACAAUGGACGGAGCCUUUAAGGCAGCUACCCUUACAUUACGAUGCAUAUCUACAGAAGCAAAGUUUAGGCCUAGCAUGGAUGAUGUUGUUACCAUAUUGGAGCAGCUCCAGGAUUCCAAGGAAACUGGAAAUACUAACAGCAAUCCAAGCAAUAGGCCAAAGGUUCGUAGACUAAGUGCUGAUGAUGCUAUUAAAAGAAGCAGACCAAGUGCUGAUGAUGCUACUAAAAGAAGCAUAACUGCUUAUCCUCGGCCCUCAGCAUCACCUCUUUACGCUUAAUCUUGGAAGCAAAGGACUUGGUGGAAGUACUUUUCCUUUCUCCAGGUUGUCGUCAACAAGCUGAAGAACUGGACACUUUUGUCUGUCCUGUGACUGUACAUUCUUGUUUUGGCAAAUGUUUUAAAAAAUCAGAUCUUCUGUUGACGUGAUUUAAAGGGUUGGCAUGUAACACAAGGAAUUACCCAAAUAUUGUAUGUUGUAUGUCUUUUUGGCAUUCAGCAAAGUGUUUGUACCACUUGAAAACGGCUUGGAAGGAAAGGAAUGUAAGUGCUCUGUAUGACUUAUAGUUAGAAAGUUAUAAUAGCUUUUUCAA